AUGUCCCAGUUCUCUGCCGGCACAAAGACACCUCCGCCCUCAACCUCUCCUCCAUCGAAUUCGCCUUACAAGCAAGGUCAUCGCAGAACCAACUCUGGCACUGAACCUUUUCCAGACCACCGAGUCAGUACCGAUAUUUCUCGGCCAAACACACCGCCUUCGCGACCAGAUUAUGGCACACCACUGAACGGCGGCUCCCCAAUUGAACCAUCCACACGUCGACGACGCAGUUCAUCUGCUGCAUCUUCACGACCCCCGUCUAUGGUCCUGGCUCACCAACCACCCGUCAUGGACAUCACCGAGGAUACAAUCCCCGAACUCCAGCCUAUCUUUUCGUUCCUCAACAGUCACUCCAAUAAGCUGUACCAAGAGGGUUAUUUCCUCAAGCUCGACGACCAGAACACACAGGGUAAACCAAACCCUGACAGAACCUGGACUGAGUGCUUUGCCCAACUUGUCGGGACCGUUUUGUCACUAUGGGACGCCGCGGAACUCGAUGCUGCGGGCGAGGAGGGCGAGGUUUUGCCCAAGUUCAUCAACUUGACUGAUGCAUCGAUCAAGAUGAUCGAAUCCCUGCCUACUAGGUCUGCCGAUGAACAACCCCUACAGAAUAUCUUGAGUAUUUCCACCGCCGGAAGAAACCGAUAUCUCCUUCAUUUCAACUCCCGUCACUCCCUGUUGCAAUGGACUGCCGGUAUCCGAUUGGCUAUCUUUGAGCACUCCUCGCUCCAAGAGGCCUACACCGGCGCUCUCAUUGCCGGCAAGGGCAAGUCGCUCAAUAACAUUGGUGUCAUCAUGGAAAGGGCCAAAUUCCCCACCGAAGAAUGGGUUAGAGUCCGCUUCGGCGCCGGUGUACCUUGGAGACGAUGCUGGUGUGUUAUUACUCCUCCUGAUGAGAAGCAAUACGCAAAGCUCCAAAAGGAAUUGAAGAAGAGGUCCCCUUAUGACCGAUCGCCUGUUCCUACCCUCAAGGGCGAUAUCAAGUUCUACGAUGAGAGGAAGGAUGGUAAAAAGCAGAAGAAAGCGCAACCGAUCGCAACCAUCACCGACGCCUAUUCAGCAUAUGCCAUUUACCCUCAGGCAAAGUCCUUGAUUGAUGCGUCAACCCUGCUCAAGGUCGAAGGCAACAUCUCUAUCCACACUGACCCCCCUUCCUCUACCGAAGGGUUUGUCUUCAUCAUGCCCGAGACUCGCCCUGCUGUCAGUGGUUUCGAGAUGUUGCUGCGUUUCCUCUUCCCUACAUGGGAUACGUUUGGUCUUUAUGGACGACCUGGAAGACUCGUUGCCAGCACACUGGACUCAAGGUCACUGAUGUUUGCCAUGCCCAAGAGUCGACGUUAUGGUUACCUCGAGAAUCUUGAUGUUUCCAACUUGAUUCUUGAAGACGGUAGCUCGAACUGGGGUGAGCGAGACUGGAGAAAGAAGCUCAAAGAGUCUACCGGCACCAGAAUGAACGCUGUAGACGAUGCGCCUGCGACGCGCUCUCGAAGCAACAGUAGAAAGAGUGUCAGGUUGAGCUUUGGCGAUGGACCACCAAAAGCCAAGACUGGCCUUUCGGACCAGCAAGUUCCUACCAGGUCUUCACGAUCUUUCUCACUCGGUGAGCGUGCUCGAACAGACUCAGCCCCUGCAGACCCUGCUCGGGUCGCUCUCGGCGGACAUGGCCGUAACUCAUCUGAUCCUCACCAACUGGGUGGCCCCCCUUUCCGUCCCGAUGCCAAUGGCAACAGUCCUUACUCUGGCUCGCCCCAGCGCGGCCAAACUCCUGUUGGCGCCCCUUACCAGAACCAGGUUUCACGAGACCAGAGUCCUGCUUACCCGAACGAGCGUGGCUCACCUCCUCUAAAGGAUCUUGAUGGUAUGCGGCAGAUGCAUACUCCUGAGCCUGUCUCACGCCCUCCUGCUUUCAGCCAUGGCUCUCAAGCUCGGCCCGUUAGCAACGCGUAUCACUCACCCGAGCUCAGACGAGCUAACAGUAGGCUUUCCGUUACUACUCUCGCCCAGCUUUCCUCAGCGGGAGGAUUGGGCGGACCGAACGAUUCGAAACCUUCUCCACGGGAAGAUGAGGUGGACGCUGCAAGAUCUGGACCAUCGGUACUGCCACCACACGCCAACUCCGUAGGGAUAUCUGCUAACGACAACCGUUCGCGUGAAGUUUUAAGCCCACCAAAUCAGGAUCCCUCUUCCAACAGUCUUCCUCCUCCGGCCAACUUAUCUCAACAGCGUUCCCGAUCACCUCUGGGUCAGCCCCCACUUGGGCCACCUAGUCCCUACGGCCGCGGGCCAAACUCUCGCCCUGGAACUGCGGAAGGAAGACGAUCUCCGAUGCCUCCAGGCAUGCCCCCCCAACAACGUCCUCCCCAUCCCCAAAAUGCCAAUCGCCGACCUGAUAUAGGGCCAGAUGGACGACGUCCGUCAGACCCUCGACGACCUGGUCCCGACGGAAGAAGGCCCUCUGAUCCCCGAGGCCCCGGCUUCGAUGGUCGUAGACCUUCCGAUCCUCGUGCCCGUGGAAAUGGUCCUCCCCCCGGACAUGGCCCUCCACCUCCUGGACCUUAUGGAAACUACCGACCCGGCCCAGGCCGCCCUCCUGGUCCCCCAGGACCCCCUGGCUCUCACGGACCACCAGGAUCCCGUCCAAAUGGACCUCCGAACGGCCCUCCUAAUGGCCAUCCAGGACAAAUGACGCAUCGCAAACCCGUACCUGGACCUGCGCCGGGGCCUGUGCCACCAGGACCUAUGCCUUUCGAAAACACCAAGGGAAAUACUAUGUCCGGCAGCAGUGGCAUUACUACGAAUGAGAUUAUAGAUCACUAUGCGUUUGAUCAAGGCCGCCAAACGCCUCGCCAAGGUACCCCCAACUCUGAAAGGCGACCGCCCCCGCCCGGCAGAUUGGAGAGCCAGAUGAGUAACCAAAGCAGCCACUAUGACGACAAUUCGCCUACAACUAGCCUCAGGAACUUUGUAGACACAUACGAAUACAGCGAACCUAAGCCUCGUGCUGGUGUUCUGAAGACCGUUGGUGGUGCGGAAGAACCAGAUGGUUCCCGGGAUAAUUAUGGUAUUCCAGAUAUUAAUUUUGGCCCAACUAUCAACUAUGGAGCCGCUAAGGGCAGGCCUCAUACUCCUGGAGGCCAUGGACCAACACCCCCUCCUCACAAAGCUUCCGCUUCUCAGGGAUCUCUAGGUCACAACGAGUCCCCAGAGACGAAGCGUACUAUGGCAUGGUCACCAGGUGCGACAGCUCCUCCGGCGAGCUCUCAUGGCCUUAGUGCUGAGGAGUUCGUGCAACAAAGAGCUGCUCAUGCCCGCACCACAUCUGGAAACAGCAUGGGCGGCAAUCGCUCAGGCACUCCUGGCCCCGGAAUGAAGCGAAACAGUUCCUCCGAUAUGCUCCAAGCUGUUCAGAAUGGCCGACACUCUCGCAGCACAUCUGCCGAUCUGCUCCAGCGACCUGGAUCGCGAGGUGCGAACUCGACGCUCAAUUUUGCAAGCUCUGGAGAAACCUCGAGUCAUCUCAGUGCUCGAGAACAGGAACAUGUUGCCCGCUUGACUGGUCAGCCCCUGAUCAACAUGCCUGGACACCAAAGGCAAGGAUCUCAGGGUUUCAUGCCCGGUCAUCAGAGACAGGCUUCAUCAGGAUCGGGCUUAGUCGGUGCUAUUGAAGCUCGAGAACGGGAGAAGCAGCAAAUGAAGCAGGGGAUGAACAGCCAAGCCGUUCAGCAUGCGAUCAAUCAACGUCAGCAUCAACAAGCUGCUAUGGCUCAUCAGCAGCAGAUGGCUCAGCAACAAAUGGCUCAGCAGCAAAUGAUGCAACAUCAACUUGCCCAGCAACAGCAGAUGGCAUACCAGCAGCAGGCUCACCAACAAAACUACCAACAACCUUACCAGCAGCCAAUGAUGGGUGCUGGUAAUAUGCCCGCAUACAGCCCUAUGGGACAAGCCCCUGGCCAGUACACACCGGGUGGCUCAUCGUAUGGAGCAGCACCCCAGCAGGCGGGUGGUUAUGGACAGGCGAACAGUUUCUCCCGUCCGAUCCGGGCUGCGCAACAGGUUGAUCCUCGUUUCGUGCCACCUCAAGGCCAAUAUGGCCCGUCGGAUGGGACCCAGCAGGCUCGUAGCGUGCAUCCCCAGUAUCAAGGGCAAGCGUUCUAA